AGAAGCUUAACAGAACAAUGGGAGCCGGUGGCCAAAAAACUGCUGUCCUUGUCAGCAGUAAGUUCAAGGAAAUGGAAACCAACAGACGCCUGUAGCAGGUUCCACACACAAAACAUCCAUUCACUCUUGGCGAAAUCAAACAAGCCAUCCCAUCCCAUUGCUGUAAACGCUCCCUUCUCCGCUCUUUCUCCUACCUUGUUUAUGACCUCUCUUUAAGCUCUUUCUUCUACUCCAUUGCUGCUAGCUACUUCCAUCUUUUUCCUUCUCCGAUCUCCUACAUUGCUUGGCCCAUCUACUGGACUCUCCAGGGCUGCACUCUCACUGGUGUUUGGGUCAUUGCUCAUGAAUGCGGCCACCAUGCUUUUAGUGACUAUCAAUGGGUUGAUGACACUGUUGGCCUAAUUCUCCACUCUUCACUUCUUGUUCCUUAUUUUUCAUGGAAAAUUAGCCAUCGUCGCCAUCACUACAACACCGGUUCCAUUGAACGUGGUGAGGUGUUUGUCCCCAAAUUCAAGUCUAGAAUCCCUUGGUAUUCCCAGAACCUCAAUAACCCACUAGGUCGCUUAGCCCUCGCAGCCACACUCACGGUCGGCUGGCCGUUGUACUUAGCCUUCAGUGUGUCUGGACGACCUUAUGAUCGGUUUGCUUGUCAUUUUGAUCCUUAUGGACCAAUAUAUUUUGAUAGAGAAAGGCUUCAGAUUUACAUUUCUGACAUUGGGAUUUUCGCUGCCUAUGUGCUCUAUCAGAUUGCCAUGGCAAAAGGGUUAGCUUGGCUGGUAUCUAUUUAUGGGAUACCAUUGCUUAUUGUUAAUGCUUUUCUUGUGACAAUCACAUAUUUGCAGCACACUCACCCUGCAUUGCCACACUAUGACUCGUCCGAAUGGGAUUGGCUCCGGGGAGCUUUGUCGACAGUGGAUAGAGAUUAUGGGGUGUUGAAUAAGGUUUUCCAUAAUAUUACAGACACUCAUGUAACCCACCAUCUCUUCUCUACAAUGCCUCAUUAUCAUGCAAUGGAGGCCACUAAAGCAAUCAAGCCUAUAUUGGGCGAGUAUUAUCAGUUUGAUGGCACUCCGAUUCUUAUGGCGCUCUGGAGGGAGGCCAAAGAGUGCCUGUUUUUCGAGCCAGAAGAGGGAGGUCCCAACCGAGGCGUUCUCUGGUAUGGAAAUAAGUAUUGAGAGCUAUAAUAUAUGGUUUGGCCUUCAGAGAAGUUAAUUAGAAUAACUAUGCAGAGAGUGUGAAUGUAGUAUAGAUGUUAGUAAUGGAGAAGAAAAACUAGAUGCGUAGUAGCUUUCUUUACGGGAAAGUGGUGUUUGAGUUAUGUCUGUUUAUGGAACUCUACUACUUGAAUUAAGUCGUUUAGUUUUUUAAAUCAUAGUUUGAUCUUUUUUUUUU